UUGAUUUUACCCGAGCAUGUUUCUUUCCAUUGAGUAGCGAUGCACCUUUGAAACAAAUGCUAUCGUCUUCAUGAACACUUCCACAGGAAGCUUUAGGUAGCAACAAUAAAUCAAUCUUCGCAUUCAUCAAGUCCAUGGCCUCGAUAGCCACCAAUCUCUUUGUAUCUACCACACUCCAAAUCCCAUGCAUCCCCGUCUCAACUCUUACCUCCUCAAACUUACCAUCUACCAACCCUCUUCUCAUCACGAAAUGAAACUUACGAGCAUGACGACAAUUCCAGCAGGCACCACCACCGAAUCUUCUCUCCUCCUCCCCUCUCCUAAUACGCCCCAAUGCCCUUCCAACCUCUCAUCAAGAAAUAACAUCCAGCUCAAGACUAAACACAUCGAUCCAUUAUUCCAUCUCAAAGCACCCCUCUCGGCGAGUUUUGGAAUCAACCUCACCUCCAUUCGCACCAUCCCUGCUCCCUCUUUCCUCCCUCCGCUCUCCCCAAUAAACUCACCACUGCCUCGCAUCUUCAAAUCUUCCAAAUCACCCCUCAUCCAAAUCGCGACCCAAUGGAAUCACGGAAAUUACCCUCCCAGGUCCCUCCACCAAAUACCUCAAAUGUCUCACCGACCCACCCACCACAUUCUCGGCACACCAAAGCACCGGAACCCUCGGCUCAGCGACGCACCCCUGCUAGAAAAAAAAGGGAAGCUUUGCCCCUCAUAUCCCGAAAUGGAAUCAUAACAAAGGAAACUUAUGACGCGUCAUGGAUAGUUAGGUACGGUGCAAGAACGAAAACACCUUGCUCCCGAGAGUUUCGGAGGCGUCGCAUAUUUGUUUGCAUUGGCAGAUGAGAAGACGUGGGUUUUUAAUGUUCAGUAUUUUUUGGUGUCAUUGAUGCAAGUGGUAUAAGUACAAUUCCCACCCACCCGUUUCCUUCUUUCCAUC